AUGCCGGAGAAGUCGGACACUGUCUGGCAGCAGCUAGACGACCUUUCAGUCCCCUUCACAUCCUCCACGAUGCCGCAUGUGAAUCUAACUUCUCGAAUCGGAGCCAUCUUUCCUCUCCGCUGCCUCGUGUUCAUCUCCCAUGCCAUUCUUUUUUGCUCCCUUUGGUACCUCCGCGCCAGACACGCCUUGCACCUUCUCGUCACCAUCGUCGGAUUUACGAUUCUCGCAGCUUUUGUGGUGUCCUUGAUCUCCCGAAAGGGCACGUGGUGUCCACGCCCCAGCCUGUACUCGCAUCCCCUCCGUUUCAGCUGCGAUGGGGUGUUUGCAGGUCUGAACGCAGCGCUUCCAAUCUUAGCUUCACCAUAUUUCUUCCCGCAGAAGAAAUGGCUUGCUUCAUUGUACUCUACCAUGAUCUUACUCGCUGGGUUCAACUGGGCGGAGCCGGUCCUUGACUUGCUGGGGUUGGUGGUGGGAAUUACGGUGGCUGCGACCUUCUUCAUCUUCGUGCCGCAGCCAGCGCAUUUGGAGGACGACGGUGCGUUGCCCUCACCCGUUGGUGCCUUUCCAGCCUCGCCGGUAGCUGGCCCUGAGUCCUGUGGCGGAGAACAGGAGCAGGAAACAGCACUAGUUCCUGCAAUCCUCCCGGGACCUCCAGAGCCCGCAGCCAAUGGAUUCGCCGAACCCAUCGUCGAACCUGUCGUCGAUGAUGUUCCGGAUAAAGUGCGGAAGAGGGCGAGCAUGUCCUCAGUUCCUCUGCCGAAGGGUCCUCGUCGACAGCGUGCCUCUCCUGGUCGAUCCGGGACAGCGCGAACACCACCUCUAGCACCCGCCGUUGAACCCGACGUCCCUCAAGCGCCCCAUAUACACCCACCACAAUCUCAUAAUCCUCUCCCGCAAGAAACGCGUAGACCCCUUCCUUCGCCACCACGACCCCUGUCCUCUCCCUCACCACGGCCUAUUACAGACAAGCCGACAUUCCUCGAGAGAUUUUCCGGCGACGCCUACGAGAAGCUCGAGAUCAUCGGACAAUCUGCCACACAAACAGUACACAAAGUCCGCCACAGGGAUAAUGGUAGAGUGUACGCCAUGAAGACGAUCGUACCUCGAGAAAAGCAUGCCCACGAACUCGUCCAAGGUUUCGAAGAUUUCAUCCGCCUAACGAAACCAUUAGGCGAGGGACGAGGGAGAGGUCUGAACCUGGUGCGUUGCUACGAGGCAUAUAUCAAUUAUGAGAAGGACGAGGCAAGGGUCGUAAUGGAGUUCUGUGAAGGGGGAAGUUUGCAUGCAGUGAGGCAACGAAUAGCAGAAGGUGGGGGAAUCGUUGGUGAAGGCGUCGUGGGGAAGCUAGCGAUCGGCAUUCUCGAUGGCCUCUCCUUCCUCCACGAACAAGGAAUCAUUCAUAGAGGAAUCACACCUUUCAACGUGCUGCUCACGAAACAUGGUGUCGUGAAGCUAAGCGAAGUGCUCGUCACUUCUCACCCGCCAUGGGGUUGGGACAAAUUCUCCGUUUCGUGUCUCUACGUCUCGCCAGAACGGAUUCUCGGAAACAAGCCCAUCACUGGGCCAUCCGACGUCUGGUCCAUGGGCAUAACCCUCCUCGAGUUUCUGUGGCAUCGCCACCCAUAUCCCGAUCUUCCUCCCUUAGACCUCAUGGCGCGCAUCGUAAACGGAGAGCCUCCGCAGCUCAAGAACGAAGAGGGCGUGCGACGGAGUGCCCAGAUGAAGGAUUUCUUCAAGCAGCUGCUGAUCGUCGAUGCGGCGUCGAGACCGGAUGCAUGGGCGCUUAAACAACAUCCCUGGAUCGUGACAAGCAUGAGGCGAGAAGUCAACAUGAAACGAUGGAUAGCUGAUGUUUGGGGGUGGCCUAGGGUGUAA